AUGGAGUUGGGCCUGGACUGCUUGGCGUCAUCCCCCUUGAAGACCUCCUUCUACAACGACCUUGGCCGGCUCUUCGCGCGCCUGCCAUGGAUCAGCCUCAGGCAUCCCUUGCCCUACUACGACAGGUCCACCUUCCUGGAUUUUGCUCAGUCUUUGCCGACCUGGGUGUCGUGGCUCUUUGAGCUAUGGUACUUCUACGACAACAUCUUCUUGCCGAUGUUCCGCGAGCAGCAGGCCUGGGGCUCCUACCUGGCGCCCCUCUUCCGCCUGCCGCCGUGGGCGGUGCCCCGCGGCACCGACCGGCGCCAGCGCGUGGUGGAGAAUCUGAUCCAGAUGCUCGCAGAGCGCAGGGCGCCCACAAAAGUUGCCAUGGCAGAGGUGGGGGUCUUCAUGGGUGACACCUCUGCUUCUGUGCUCACUAAGCGGUUGCCCGUGAGUACCGUGCACUUGGUGGACCCUUGGGACACCAACGAGAUCUUCCAGGCGGUGGCGCAGGAAAAGCGUCAGGAGAUCACCGGGGCGGAGGCGCGGAAGCAUGUGGAGCAGCGCUUCGGCGGCUUGGGCACGGUGCACUGCUUUGACGGGCCCGCUGGAGCUCAUCGUCCGUACCAGGGGGAGGCGCUGGCGCCGGAGAGGCGCUGGAGCCACACCUGCGGGGAGGACUGGCCGGGCAGCCCGCAGGUGGGCAUCCACGCGGCGGCGUCUGUGGAUGCCAGCCGCCGCAUUGUGGCUGCUUCGCUGGACUUGGUGUUCGUUGACGGAGCUCAUGACUAUGAGUCGGUCUUACAGGACCUGAAGGCUUGGUGGCCCAAGCUCCGCGCUGGCGGCAUCAUGGCAGGACACGACUUCUCCAUGUCCUUCCCGGGUCUGAUGCGAGCCGUGCUGGAAUUCGUCUCCAUGCUGCCAACACGCACCGAGGUCUACUUGGACACGGACUACAGCUUCUGGUUCUUCAAGCCCGACUUUCAGCACACCCCCGGAUCCUUCUGGUGGAGACGGCUUGAAGGGCGAAGGGUGCGCGCAAAGGGGUGA